CUGACAUAAGUAAGAAUAUUGAUGGAACACUGGACAUUUAGACCUAUCAUAAAAUGCAUUUAAAGGUAUUGUGGCCAGUCCUUAAAACGACUUCGAUCCCCGUCUGACCACAUUGUGGCUUAUCGUUCAUAGGAUAGUGAAGAAUGUACAGAUGUAAACACUGCCAUCGCGUGGUUUUCGCACCGGCACACAUAUUUUCAGACUGGCGUUGAAUUAACGGUGUCUAAGUCUUACCACCUGUCCACACUCUCGCCUGGCAGAUAAUUCAUGCUGAAAAAAUCCAUGCAAGGAGAUGUUUAUACUGUCCAUAGGAAGGGAUCUCAGCAGAUUAGGACACAAUGCCGAAGAAUGUCCUGGAAAUUUAAGAUGGCAUUGGUAUGUGAAGUCUGCAAGAACACAAGACUCGUGGUAUACUGCCCCGUGGGAAGGCGAAAAGUCGGGGUGUCCAUGCAGGCAAAGGGGUAAAGGAAGUGUCUCCAUGACAACGAAGGUUAUCUGCAUCCUCCAUGUGCUUCCUGUGGAGGUGAGUGAGGUAUUAGGCGGCAGGGUGCGACGGCCAAGACACUGCACUGAUAGAUGAAGAGAGGGAGAGAGAGAGAGAGAGAGAGAGAGAGAGAGAGAGACUAAGAGUGGGAAACCAAGCAGACAGGAACAUUCAGACGCUACAAACACACAGUGCUGUUUUCUCAUAUCUCUCCGUGUGUGAGUGUGAGAGUGUGUGUGUGUGUUUCACUGUGUCAGCCCCCGUCAGCUUUUCACUGGAAGAGAUGAGCGCCAUGGCAGGAUGGCACUGACAUGCCCCAGAGUGAGGGCAUGGAGGGUACCGCCCGCUGUUUGGCUCUGGGUGGUCAGCUGGGCACUGGCGGUGGCAUCGGCGUACCCGCCACCGACGCGCCAGGAGAAAGCCUACAGCUUCGGGAGAAGCUUCCUGGGCCUGGAUAGGUGCAACGCCUGCGUGGGCACCUCCAUAUGCAAGAAGCUCUUUAAGGAGGACAUACGCUUUGACAGAUGGCUGUCCUCUCACCUGGAACUCCCGAAGGCCAGCCGACAGAGUUACCAAGGCAACCUGACAGACGACUCGGAGACCUGGCGGCCAGUGGUCCUGUCGCGACUGCUGUCUGCGCAGCGCCACCAGCUGUCCGACCGCAGCAUCUGCAGCUCGGCCCGUCGCCCCCCCACCUGCAGCAUCGAGGUCGCGCUCAGGGCCACGCCCCGCUUCCAGAGCUGGGCUCGCUCACACCUGCUCCUCCCCAGCAUGGUGCAGGGUCUCUCCGCCCCUCUACUUCGCUGCCCGUCUCAGCGGCUGUUGGACCGUGUGGUGCGGCGCUACGCCGAGGUGCUGGACGUGGGCAGCGUGCAGAUGAAGCACUUCAGUGACAGGGACAAGCUCCGCCUGCUCUACACGCUGGCUGUCAAUCAACACCCACUCAUGCUGCAGAUGUUUCCUGGCACUGAGGGAUGGCCGUUUCCACGCUACCACGGCUCCUGUGGUCGGCUGGUGGUAUGGGCGGGUUCACGACACCUCAGUGCUCUUUACUCCGCCCCCCUGGAGGAGCGGGCAGACGCGGCCUAUCAGCUCCUGAACAUCGCCCAGGGCCUGGGCACCAACAGCCUACGCUUCAGGCUCUACUACACCGAGGCGACGGAGGACAUGUUCGGCCUGGCCGAGGACGGUCGCAUGCUCGUGAUGGAUGCUAGCGGCCUGGGGGUCAUUGACCUGCAGGAAGGGUUUCCCCCCGAUGACCACGACACAAAUCGAGCCAAUCAGACGACGGAUGUCUUCUCCUGCCUCAGCGGUUCCUGUGAGAGACCUCCUCCCUGUUCUGAAGUGCGUCCCUCACAGAGCUUCGCCCUCCUGUGCCGGAACAUUCUUCCGCGCCUUCUCCCCUCCAGGGAGCUACGGCCUCCACGCCUGCCCAGUCAGACGGCACGAGAGCUGGCCACGUGCGCUGAUGCCACCCGGCCUGACGGGGAGGUCACCCAGGCGGCAUGCUCCCUGAUGGACAUCCUCAGGACCAUGAGGCCCUGUAGCCCUCGCUAUGGAUACAGAUACCCAGAAUGCAUCUACAAUAACAGAUUCUGAGAAAGAAGGGGCAGGGCCACUUGACUUGAACUGGUAUUACAGGCAGGAAGGAAACCCAGAAGGAAUCAUUUCUUGUAAAGGGGGGUGGGCGUGGGAGGCAAGUGUGGGAGAAAACAUGGGUCAUAUCAGACUUGCAGAACAGGGGUAUAAGACUGUUACUGACAUUUAACAAAACAUUUUUUGUCAAAAACACUUUCAUAACCGCAAAAUCAUGUGGCAUAAUUUAAACUCUGAAAUCACAAGUCAGCCAUAAUUGAACACUCAACACAGGAGAGUGGAUUUCAGUAAUAAAGACAACUUUGUUUAAUAACGCAUAAAACAUCCUUCAAACAAUAAAA